GGCUCAGUCGUACACGGUCGGGCGGCGAGGAGACACGCGCGCACACGAUCUCACCCGAGCACUCACGGACAUACCCGAAGUUGACGCAUCGGGAAACUCGGACGCAACAGCUGAUCGCGAAGCCUCGCGCCCGCGCACGUCUUGAGACUAUUUCUGAGAAACUUUAAUCCGAAUGUCGUCGAAUUUGUAUAAAAUUAUUAGACGAGUGAGUCAGCUAAGAUGACGAAAGUUAAACUGAAGCCAAGGGCGACGUAGAAUGUGAACUGAGGAAAAAUUGUUUGUUUAAUUGUGAGUUUAUGUGUUUGUUGUGUCCGGAUAAUAAUAUAAACAGACUAAUUAGUUGUAAACAGACUUCUUGCUAUUUAAGACUGAAGUAUAGACAUUUUAAUUAAAUCCAAAGAAUAAUUAUCAACAUAAAAACAAUAAUCAUUAAAUCGGGAAACAAAAGAAUCCAAUUGGAAGUGCGCCAAACAUUACCAUAAAAAAAAACAAUUGGAGAAAGUAUCCCUAUACACAGAUCCAAUACCCAAACAGAGAAACACAAGGACUCGUCGUUAUCAGAAGUGCCGUGUGGUGAAAAAUACACAGACUAAUUAUACAAGACAGAGUAACAAAAAGACAGUGGUUUUUGUAGUGAUGCAGUGAGGAUGCACCUGCCGUACGAGGCGCGGGGCCGGCGCCGGCGGGAAAUGGACCCGGAGCCCUGGUGGCUGCAGUCCGUCGUGGACGAGACGCUAGCGGAGCACCCUGACCUCGGUGAGAACCAUCUAGUCCGCACCGGCAGUCCCGACUACAUGUGCUCGAUGCUGCCGCAGCACUGGCGCUCCAACAAGACCCUCCCCGGCGGAUUCAAGGUCGUGGCCCUCAGUGACGUCAUAGACGGAACGCUGGUUACCAUCCGAGCCGGCAAUGAUGAGAACUGCUCCGCCGAACUGAGGAAUAACACGGCGGUUAUGAAGAAUAGAGUCGCCAAGUUUAACGAUCUGCGGUUCGUUGGGCGAAGCGGGAGAGGGAAGAGUUUCUCGUUGACCAUCACGGUGUCGACGUCGCCGCCGCAAGUAGCAACAUACCAAAAAGCCAUAAAAGUCACCGUCGACGGACCGAGGGAGCCUCGAUCUAAAACUAGUACAAACGUAUCACCGCACCAAAUCCGGAGCAUAGGCUUCCACAGACAGUUCCUAGACACAUCACUUCCCAUCCGCGACAUGGAGUACAAGAGUUCCGCGAGGAGCCUGCGGUCCUUGUCACACGAGGAGAGAGAGUACAAGACCAAUGCCAACCUGCCUGUUGGAGGUAAGUCAUAUCCAGAGUAUAGGCUUGCACAGACAGUUCCUACGUCACUUCCCAUCCGCGACAUGGAGUACAAGAGUUCGGCGAGGAGUCUGCGGUCCUUGUCACACGAGGAGAGAGAGUACAAGACCAAUGCCAACCUGCCUGUUGGAGAAACGGGUGGAAAUAUCCUUGGAGCCAGCGAGUGGAACACCGGGUACUCGUCGACCGCCUCCGUGUACCCAGCGUACGGGGCGCUACAGCCUACUUACUACAAGCCCGAGCCAGCGAUACAUAUACCCGCAGUUCUACCAGACAUCCCCCUACCUCACAGCGACUACGGCGGCUUCCAGACGACCAGCUCUGGCUUCGUAAAAGGAAGCCCGAGCGGAGGGGGCGCUCUAACCGAGCUCAACCCCACCACCUCCCAGCGCUACGACCCCAACUACUACAACUCCUGGCCCGCCAACAACUACAACUUCAACAACUACCAAUACAAUAAUAUAAACAACAAUCCAUCCUGUCUACAGUCGCACACACCCUAUAUAAACUCCAACCCUCAAAUGCUCCUACCCAACCUCUAUUCAACUGUAAAUCAGAACCAAAUACACGUGCACUUACACAGUGCAGCCGAUAAGCAUAACUUAGAACAGUAUACAAUACCCACAGACAUCAAAAUUAGUGAUAUAGAUGGUGGUAUCUCUAUUACUACAGAGCUACAGGGUGAAGCCAGCGGGCUAGUUCCAAAUUGUGAAAGUAACGAUGAAGUGAAACACGGGCUUUACGGCGGUGGCAAUCAGGACCAAGUGUGGCGACCCUAUUGACGUUUCGUCAGAGCUAAAGACAAUCUUAACGUUGUACAUAUUGUGAUUUAAUACAUGUCCAAUUGUUAAGAGGUGUUCCUAUUUGAGCAGACUUGGCGUCGGUACGAGCAAUAUUUUAUGUCCGACUUGCUUAGGUUGCUCAAAUGAGGACAUUUUAGAAUAUUUAGUUUAUAUAUAUUUAUAACUGUAUAGAAAUAAUCUAAGCUCAAUUAAUGUUAAACAUUAAUUUUAUUACUUAAUUAAAAUGUUGAUUAUCUAUUAGAUGACGAGUAAGAUAAUAAAAUAUAAAUAAAAAUACUUA